CUAGGGUUUCAACUUUUAACUAAACCCCAGCACUCUAUCUCCUUCUAGAGUUUUCUUCCGGUUAUCGACUGGGCAAUAGCUGGGGAUUAUCCCUUCUUGCGGGAAGCUUUCAGUUUUUCAUAGCUUGUAAGUACCUCUUCUCCCUUAUCUCUCUUUGGUGUCGGCUUCGUUGGAUAGAAUUUUAAAGGUUCUGAAAGGUCACGGGCUUGCUGGUAGGACUCUGUUCGAUUUAAUAUUUGUUUGAAUAAUUGAUUGAGGCUCUGCCACUGCGUCUGCCUGAUUGGGCAGAACAGAGAUAGAAUUAUAUGGGGAAAUCCGGGGGUAGGAAAAAGAAGGGUGGUUCAAAUCAAGUUGUUGCUGAUAAUUCGGCUCCAAGUGCUAAUGGUGGUGUGGAUUUAGACUCUUCAGUCUUUCUGAAAAGAGCCCUUGAGCUCAAAGAAGAAGGGAACAAGAGAUUUCAAAACAAGGACUAUGCUGGUGCCCUUGGGCAGUAUGAGAAUGCUCUUCGGCUAACCCCCAAGACCCACCCUGAGAGAGCGGUCUUUCACAGCAACAGAGCGGCAUGCUUGAUGCAAAUGAAGCCCAUAGAUUACGAAACUGUGAUUGCUGAAUGCACCAUGGCAUUGCAGGUCCAGCCCCAUUACGUCCGGGCACUUCUUCGGAGGGCUCGGGCAUUUGAGGCUAUAGGGAAGUAUGAAAUGGCCAUGCAGGAUGUCCAAGGCUUACUGGCAUCUGACCCUAAUCAUCGGGAUGCUCUGGAGAUUGCCCAGAGACUGAGGACAGCACUAGGUCCUCGCCAGGAAGCCCAGCAGGAUCUUCAGAGUCGGCCAUCCCCUGCUGCUCUUGGUGCUUCUGCAGUCCGUGGGGCCCCUAUUGCUGGUUUAGGGCCAUGUUUACCGGCCAGGCCAGCGGCAAAGAAAGCGGCAAACGCAGCAGGUGGUUCAGUUGCCCCUGCUAACAGUAAGCCAGAGAAGUCCCAACCAACUUUAGUUACUGAAAAUGGUCCUGAGACCAAGCCGCAAAUGCCAAAAGUUGUAUUGAAGCCUUCAAAUGCUUCAGCAAGAUCACUGAACCCAAGAAAAGAAAACUACAAUGAACUGUCAUUGCAUUCAUCAAUUACUCAUGGACAGCAUUUAGAAUUUGCAAUUCAGUGGAGGCCAUUGAAACUUGUUUAUGAUCAUGACAUUAGGCUUGCCCGGAUGCCAGUGAAUUGCAAUUUUAGAACACUAAGAGAUAUAGUGAGUAAAAGAUUUCCAUCAUCUAAGUCAGUUCUGAUCAAGUAUAAGGAUAGCGAUGGUGAUUUGGUGACAAUAACUUCUACUGAGGAGCUUAGACUAGCAGAAUCUAGUGCAGAUAGCCAUCUUAUAAGAGAGCCUGAUGCAGAUAAAAGUGAUUCUGUUGGCACAUUGAGACUGCACAUUGUUGAAGUUAGUCCUGAGCAGGAGCCUCCUUUACCAGAAGAAGAGGAAGUAAAACCUGUUGAGAGUGAAGGCAUCAAGGGAGAUGAGAGUGGGUCACAUACUUCCCAAAGUGAAUGUGUCCUAGAGGCUCCAGAGACCGAGGUUGAUAAAAUGGGGAAAGAAGCUCCCAAAGAGAAACAAACAACUACAGAAGAUGCUGAAUGCAAGGAAGUGGAGAUGGAUGAUUGGUUGUUUGAAUUUGCUCAGCUUUUCCGCUCCCAUGUGGGCAUUGAUCCAGAUGCUCAUAUUGACUUGCAUGAGCUUGGGAUGGAGCUUUGUUCUGAGGCGCUUGAGGAAACAGUAACUAGCGAGGAGGCUCAAGAUCUCUUUGACAAAGCUGCUUCAAAGUUCCAGGAGGUAGCUGCUUUGGCAUUCUUCAAUUGGGGAAAUAUUCACAUGUGUGCAGCUAGAAAACGAAUUCCCUUAGACGAGUCAGGUGAGAAGGAAAAAGUGGCAGAGCAGCUUCAAGUGGCUUAUGAUUGGGUCAAGGAAAAAUAUUCGUUGGCAAGGAAGAAGUAUGAAGAAGCCCUUUUAAUAAAACCAGACUUCUAUGAGGGAUUGCUAGCUCUGGGACAGCAACAAUUUGAGAUGGCCAAACUUAAUUGGUCAUUUGCACUUGCUAAGAAGAUGGAUUUAUCAGCUUGGGAUUCUUCAGAGACACUUAAACUCUUUGACAGUGCAGAGGAGAAGAUGAAAGCUGCAACUGAUAUGUGGGAAAAGCUGGAAGAGCAGAGGGCAAAUGAGCUAAAAGAUCCUAAUGCAACCAAGAAAGAGGAACUACUGAGAAGAAGGAAAAAACAGGGAGCUGCUGCUGAAGGUGAGACCUCUGCGGUUGGUGGUCAUGGUGAUAUAUCUGCAGAAGAAGCUGCAGAGCAAGCAGCUGUCAUGAGAUCACAGAUUCACCUCUUCUGGGGGAAUAUGCUAUUUGAAAGAUCCCAAGUCGAAUGCAAAUUAGGGAUGGGUGGUUGGAAGAAAAAUUUGGAUACAGCGGUGGAGCGUUUUAAACUUGCAGGUGCUUCUGAGACUGACAUUUCCUUGGUUCUGAAGAAUCAUUGCUCUAAUGGGGAUGCAAAGGAAGAUGAGAAAAAGAUUCAGAACUCCCAACCCAACAAGACUGGUGAAACUGACAAGACCAGUGAGACCAGUCAUGUAUGACGUAUACGAGAUGGUUUUGAUAUAUCUUGUGUCUGCUCAUGGUGUCUGUCUCCAGUGAAGAAAAAUCUACUGAACUCGGACGGGAUUUAGAAUUCUUUUUUGAAUGGAAAUUGGAAAUUUUGGUUGCCUAAAUUAAACUAGAUAGCUUUGAUUUUUUUUCCCCUUUUAGUUUUGCUGUUUGCCGAAGUGCUAUGUAAUCUGAAGGAGAUGAUGAUUUCUUAACAUUAUGUGCGCUUAUAACGAGUUUUCAAUAAUCAAUAUUACACCCUAAGGAUCGGAGUUCUUUUUCCU